CCACAAUGGGCUCCGGCUCUCGUAAAGUGCGCGCACGUCGCGUCUUCGCCGAGUUCGCAGACAAGCGGAAUCCAGAAGCGGCGCCGUUGGGAAGAUAGUAUCUUGUCCUGAUCCUUCAUCGAUACAGUACGCAUGACUGCGCCAGCUAGCCCGACCAUCGUCUCCGCGCCCGGCAAAGUCCUCAUCGCCGGUGGCUACCUCGUCCUUGAUCCAGCAUACUCGGGCGUCGUCGUCUCGACAUCCUCACGCUUCUACACCGUCGUCCGAGAUGCCGAGGACGUGGGGAAGGGCAAGAUACGGGUCCGAUCGCCCCAGUUUACGAAUGCGACUUGGGAGUAUUCGGUUUCUAAGCCCGAGGACGAGAAGCUGUCCGUAGAGGCGAGCGCAGACAACUCAAGCAAGAACAAGUUCGUGCAGCUCGCGCUCGAGAAGACAGCAGCGCUCGCAGCGGAGAAGCUGGGCACAGACGCUGUCACCAAGGCACUGGAGGCAGGCACCGACAUUGCCAUCGUUGGGGACAAUGAUUUUUACUCGCAGCGCGCGCAGCUCGACUUACAGCAUCUCCCGCGGACGAUGGACUCGCUGGAAAAGUUGCCGCCAUUCACGCCCACCGGCGGCGUCUUGGCCGACGUACAUAAGACCGGGCUCGGCUCCUCCGCCGCGCUGAUCACCUCCCUCGUCGCCGCGCUCCUCGUCCGCCUCGGCGUCGUCACCACCGAGGAGUUUGCGGACACGAGCGGGAAGAGCAAGGGCCGGCGUCUCUCGCAUAACCUCGCUCAAUUCGUGCACUGUCUGGCGCAAGGGAAAGUGGGGAGCGGAUUCGAUGUGUCCGCCGCGAUAUUCGGGAGCCAUAUCUAUACUCGUUUCGAUCCUGCCGUUAUUCAGCCGCUGAUGGAUGGCGAUGCGAAAAUGCCCUUGCUAAAAGUACUCUCUCCGACGAACGCGGCGUGGACCUACGAUGUGCAAGAUUUCAGGCUACCACCUCUCACGCGCAUCAUGCUCGCCGACGUGGACGCUGGUAGCGAUACACCGUCUCUCGUGGGCAAGGUGCUGAAGUGGAGGGCAAACGACACUGUCAAGUCGAAGGCCCUUUGGACCGCACUCGACCAGCUUAAUCAAUCUCUCGCGCAAACUUUGCUGCACCUCUCGCGAUUGCAUGACGCAGAUCCCGAAGGCUACGCCAGCGCUGUCAAGUACAUUUCCUCCUUGCAGGCCGUCCAGUGGCUCGCCAACCCCUUCACCCCAACCGAUGAGGCUCCCGUCAUCUCCACAUUCUACGAGGCUCACCGCAUCACGGAAGACAUCCGCGCCCGUAUGCGCGAGAUGGGUCAGCUGUGCGACGUGCCGAUAGAGCCGCCGGAGCAGACGCGCCUGCUAGAUAAAUGCAUCACGAUGUCUGGUGUCGUGGGUGGCGGCGUCCCGGGAGCUGGGGGCUACGACGCGAUCUGGUUGCUCGUGUGCGAUCCUGAAGACCCGUCGCCGGAGAUUGCGCCCUAUAAGCGGGUGCAGCACGUCUGGACGAAGUACGAAGAGCUCGACGUCUCGCCGUUGCUAGCGCGGGAAAGCAAGCUGAAGGGCGCGCGCAUUGAAAAGAUGGAGGACAUCAAGGGGUUGGAAAAGGCGACUGAACUGCCGCACUGAUCAUGUAGACGUUAGUCGCCGAACAUGUUUGUACAUCUCACUUACCCAUCUUUCUUGAUGUAUAUCUAUGAUGAACUCAAGCCACCUCGCAACAUCUCACACUGUAGGAUUGUCCAUGUCCAUAUCCAUUAGAUGUCCAUAACAUAUAUCCUACGUACAAAUCUUUGGGUCGCCCUCUGGAGUCCAUGAUUUGGCAA